AUGGAUCACCAAAUAACCACUGCAAGUGACUUCAGAACCACUUCAAUACCAAAUCUAUACCAAUUGGAUACACUUUUAAGGUGCCACAUUUGUAAAGAUUUUUUAAAGGUCCCCGUGUUAACACCUUGCGGUCACACAUUUUGUUCCCUUUGCAUUAGAACACAUUUGAAUAAUCAACCGAAUUGCCCUCUAUGCCUUUAUGAGUUCAGGGAAUCCUUACUUAGAAGUGAGUUCCUUGUUAAUGAAAUCAUUCAAUGUUACACAGAUGUACGAUCUUCCUUACUGAAUGCGUUAAAAAUACAGAAACCUAUCACUACGCCUGGGAAUAAUAAAGGACGAAAUCCACAGGAUUCCUCGUUGAUAGAACUUACAUCUGAGUCUGAAAAUGAGAGUUCAAACGCCGCCGAUGAUGAUUUACAAAUUGUGGCAACGAGUGAAAGAAAACCCGCCAAAAGAUCGAUGACUGAUAUAUUACCGCUAAGUUCUAAGCCAUCUAAAAGGAAUUUUGCGAUGUUUAGAAGUGAACGGAUUAAGAGAAAAUCCAAAUCAAAUGAUCAAAUGGCUCAAUGCCCUAUUUGUCAGCAAUUCUAUCCUCUUAAAUCCCUUGAAAAGACUCAUUUGGAUGAGUGCUUAACUUUACAAUCGCUGGGAAAAAAACCAAAUGUCUCGCCAAACUUUAUUCAAGACUCAAAAACGCAGGGCAAAGAGACACCUAGGCUAAAGUCGCAAACUCCAGAAGUUGAUAGAAGCCAUAGUGAUAAGACCUCACAUGUGGAUAAAUAUCUAAAUUCAAUGAUAAGUGCAGAACACCAGAGACUCCCAAAAAUUAAUUUUACGUCUAUGACCCAAUCUCAAAUAAAACAGAAACUGUCAUCAUUAGGGUUAUCAACUAAUGGUACCAGGCAAAACAUGAUUAGAAGAUACAAUCACUAUGAAAUGAUUUGGAAUUCAAAUUUUUGUGAUUCUUUAGAUCCCGUUGAUGAAGCUGAACUUAAAAGACAAUUAUUAAGCUGGGAUGUUUCGCAUAAUAAGACGUCUCAAAAUAACAGUACGAAUGGUGGAAUUUCCAAGUUAAUGAUGAUGAAAAGCAUUGGAAAGUCCUCUUCAUACAGAGUAUUACUUGAAAAUUUCAAAAAUGAUAAAUUCAAUAGAAAAGGAUGGAUUAUUAUGUUUCGAAAAGAUUUCGCCAGGCUUAUCAAGGAAGCAAAAUCAAAAAUAAGGACAGGUUCACCAAAGGGUUCCGAUUUAGCAGGACUAAUCAAUAACGAAGACGAUAGCAGAGAAGUUCAAAGCUGCGAGGGAACCAGAAGGCAGCAAAUGGGGGAGGAGCAAGGGACUACUAACAAGGAAAGGCGAGGAAGUAAUGAGGCAAAUUUACCCAAUGAGGAUUUAACAGAUGCUGACUUAUCAAGAGAAUUGAUGGAUAUGAACGAAGAUGGUAAAGAUCCACCCGGUAACGAUUGA